AGCAGAAAGGCAUGUGCAGCAGCAGCAGGCAGGCGCUCAUUUCCUUAUCACGGUACCCGCCGCCUCAUCAUGGCUCUCAACAUCCCCGGUGUGACCGUGAUGGUUCUUUUCUACCUGCUGGUUCUCGGGAUCGGCAUCUGGGCUUCCGUCAAGUCCAAGAAGGAGGCAAAGAAAGGCCGUGGGGACAAGACCGAAAUGGCUCUGCUGGGGAACAGGGGCAUCAACCUCGCGGUCGGCAUCUUCACCAUGACAGCUACAUGGGUUGGAGGCGGAUUCAUUGUGGGCACAGCUGAAGCUGUCUACAACCCAUCCAUGGGUCUGACCUGGGCUGUGAUGCCGAUAACAGCAACACUGUGUUUCAUAAUAGGUGGCUUCUUCUUCGCUGAGCCAAUGCGGAACAGUAAAUACGUAACUAUGAUGGACCCCUUCCAGAUCAAAUACGGGAAAGUUCCCACAGCUGCUCUGUCACUGGCCUGCCUUGUAUCGGAGAUCAUGUGGGUGACAGGAACACUCAUCGGAUUAGGAGUGACCAUGAGUGUAAUCCUGGAUUUGUCCUACACUGUGAGCAUCUGGAUAUCUGCUGCCGUUGCCAUCACCUAUACACUGCUGGGUGGCCUCUACUCUGUGGCUUACACAGACAUCAUCCAGCUCGUACUCAUUUUCAUCAGCUUGGUGCGUUUUUUUCCCACUUAUUCUUUUCUAAUUUAAACUGUAGAUGUCUUUUGAGGCAAUAUGUGUCCAUGUUUGCAGCUAUGAAUUUGAUGCUGAUUAAAAUGCUUCCCUCUUGCAUUCUGUUUCAGCCGUUUCUGGUUCAUGCCAAGCGUAAAUGACAUUACUGAAAGUAUUGUCCUUUUUAUUUUCAGUCAGCUACCAGCCGGUAGAAUCUGGCUGAUGGCCAAGAGCUCAAGGUGCAGCACCUAGCGAUCCUUUUCAGACCUGCUCUAUGCAGUCCAGUAAUUUUUCUUGUCUCAGCACAGUUCAACACGUUCUCCCGUUAACUGAUGCAUGUCGAUUGAUAAAGACGUACCAAUGUAGUGAAGCCUUUUUAAUUCUUGGCUUAUGUUCAAACAUUUAACGUGUUUCCUCUGAACAGAGACUGAAGAUUUUGGGACAGGUGCUUAAAGCUUUAACGUAUGUGGUCUCAAACUUACAACCAAGCUGGCCUUGGAAUAAUAGAUUUGGCUAUUCUGAGACCUUAAAGCUGUAUAAUAUGCUUCCUUCAAGAGCUGUAAAAUAUUCAACUAUAAGCCGCACCCACAAAGUAAAACAAACAAAAAAAUAAAUAAUUAAAUAAAUAAAAUAAAAAACUGGAAAAGCACAUAUAUAAGCUGCAUCGGGCUGAUAUCGCCGCCACUCGGUUUUUCACAAGGACGCUGCCUGCGUCCUUAAUAAAUCUGCUAUUAAGGACGCAGCCCUGCG